UAGCAGCCCUGCAGCCUCGCGUCCCCCCUGCGCGGUGCUUGCGGCUUGCGAGCGUGCCCAGUGCCCCUGGGCGUGGAUUUGCCGCCGGGCCCUAGAGCAAGCCAAGGGAAGUUAACAGUCUCGUUCCAGAAACUGCUGUUUCACUCAGUGGGAGUUUGAAGUUUUCUGUGAAGUGUUCCUGAUCAUCGAGUUUGGAAUUGAGGGGCCAGGUCAGGAGGUUCCGUGAAGGCCCCUUUGCCUGCCUGCCUGCCUGCCUGCUCACCUGCAGGCCGUUUGGAGGAGGAAAGAGUAGGGAAUAUGAAGUCAGCCAAGCCCCAGGUGAACCACAGUCAGCAUGGGGAAAGCCAGCGGGCCCUGAGCCCCCUGCAGUCUGCGCUCGGUUAUGCUGCAUCUCCAUCCCAGGCUUAUGAGACCUACAUCGACAACGGACUCAUAUGCCUUAAACACAAAAUUAGAAACAUCGAGAAAAAGAAGCUCAAACUGGAAGAUUACAAGGAUCGCCUGAAAAAUGGAGAGCAACUUAAUUCAGAUCAGCUGGAGGCAGUAGAGAAAUAUGAAGAAGUGCUACAUAAUUUGGAAUUUGCCAAGGAACUUCAGAAAACCUUUGCUGCACUGAGCCAAGAUCUAUUGAAAGUGCAGAAAAAGGCACAGAGAAGGGAGCACAUGAUAAAACUUGAGGCUGAGAAGAAAAAGCUUCGAACUAUACUUCAAGUUCAGUAUGUAUUACAGAACUUGACACAGGAACAUGUACAGAAAGACUUCAGAGGGGGGUUGAAUGGUGCAGUGUAUUUGCCUUCAAAAGAACUUGACUACCUCAUUAAAUUUUCAAAACUGACCUGCCCUGAAAGAAAUGAAAGUCUGAGUGUUGAAGACCAGAUGGAGCAGUCAUCCUUGUACUUUUGGGACCUUUUGGAAGGUAGUGAGAAAGCAGUUGUAGGAACGACAUACAAGCACAUGAAAGAUCUGCUGUCUACACUACUGAACUCAGGUUAUUUUGAGAGGAUUCCAGUUCCCAAAACUGCUAAGGAAAAAGAAGUAUCCUUGGAAGAAGAAAUGCCAAUGCAAUCAGAGAAGAAAAAACAAUCAGUGAAGACUGAAUCUAUUGAAGAGUCAGAGACUCUUACGGAACUUUCACAGCCAGAGAUACAACCCCAGGAGUUUCUUAACAGACGCUAUAUAACAGAAGUAGAUUGUUCAAAGAAACAAGACAAAGAGCAGACUUGGGAAGCAGAUUAUCCUAAGAAACCAAAUCUCCCCAAAUGUUGGGAUAUGCAUAGUGAAUCAGACGGUCAAGAGAAGAGACCGGAAUCUUUCAAGUCCUGGGAGUCUCCACUUAAGCAGCAGGAUAUAUCAAAGAUUGCCAUUUCCUUAGCACAGAGGAAACAAGAGAUUCCAAAACUCAGGUCAACCCUCCCGGAAGAGAAGCAGCAGGAGAUCUCCAAACCCAAGCCACCUCCCAGCCAGUGGAAUCAGGAAGCUCCUAAGUCCAAAGAGGAGCAGAAGAAUCUGGAGACACCAAAGCCUUGGCCAGUUCAGCUGCAGAAAGAAAAGGAUCCAAAGAAGCCCAUGCCAAAGUCCUGGACACCUGUGCAGAGUGAACAGAAUGUCAGCAAGCCGUGGACCACUCCCAUGUGUGACGGUCAGGAUUCCAAGCAGCCAGCGACUUCAGAAUCUUGGGACCACAGUGCUGAGAGUCAGAAAUGCUCUUUGGUGCCACAGUCUCAGAUUUCUCCAAAGUCCUGGGGAGUAGGCACAGCAAGUCUCUUUCCAGAUGAGCAGCUGCUGCCCAGGAAGCUCAACACAGAGCCCACAGAUGUGCCUAAGCCCGUGCCUCAGCCUCUAGAUUCUUCCUCUGCCCUUCCAAAGGAUCCAGUACUAAGGAGAGAAAAACUGCGGGAUCUGAUGACCCAGAUUCAAGGAACUUGUAAUUUUAUGCAAGAAUCUGUUCUGGAUUUUGACAAACCUUCAAGUGCAAUUCCAUCAUCACAACCUCCUUCAGCUUCUUCAGGUAGCCCAGUAGUUUCUGCAGUAUCCACAGAGCAAAAUAUGACCACUCAAAGUGAUUUUCUUCAAGAGCCAUUACAGGCAGCAGUUUCCCCAAGCAAGCCACCAUCUUCACUGGCUUCUCCAAGUCCUCCCACGUCAAAGGGCUCUGAACAGGGCUUCCGGUCGCCUGCAGCAAGCAGUAGUUCAAUAACAAUUAACACAGCACCCUUUCAAGCCAUGCAGACAGUAUUUAAUGUUAAUGCACCGCUGCCUCCACGGAAAGAACAAGAAAUAAAGGAAUCCACUUAUCCACCUGGCUACAAUCAGAGUUUUACUACAGCAAGUACACAAACACCACCCCAGUGCCAACUGCCAGCUAUACAUGUAGAACAGACUGCUCUGUCUCAAGAGACUGCUGCAAAUUAUCAUCCUGAUGGAACUAUUCAAGUAAGCAAUGGUAGCCUUGCCUUUUACCCAGCACAGAUGAAUGUAUUUCCCAGACUCACACAGCCAUUUGUCAGCAGUCGGGGAUCUGUGAGAGGAUGUGCUCGUGGUGGGAGAUUACUCACGAAUUCCUAUCAAUCUGCUGGCAGUUAUAAAGGUUUUGAUACUUAUAGAGGACCUCCUUCCAUUUCCAAUGGAAAUUAUAGCCAGCUGCAGUUCCAAGCUAGAGAAUACCCUGGAACACCUUAUUCCCAAAAGGAUAAUUUCCAGCAGUGCUAUAAGCGAGGAGGGACACAUGGUGGUCCUCGGGCAAAUUCAAGAGCAGGGUGGAGUGAUUCUUCUCAGGUGAGCAGCCCAGAAAGAGACAACGAAACCUUCAACAGUGGUGACUCUGGCCAAGGAGACUCCCGUAGCAUGACCCCUGUGGAUGUGCCAGUGACAAACCCUGCCGCCACCCUACUGCCAGUCCACAUCUAUCCCCUGCCUCAGCAGAUGCGUGUUGCCUUCUCAGCAGCCAGAACCUCGAACCUGGCCCCUGGAGGCUUAGACCAACCCAUUGUGUUUGAUCUUCUUCUGAACAACUUGGGAGAGACGUUUGAUCUUCAUCUUGGUAGAUUCAGUUGCCCAGUGAAUGGCACUUAUGUUUUUAUUUUCCACAUGCUAAAGCUGGCAGUGAAUGUGCCGCUCUACGUCAACCUCAUGAAGAAUGAGGAGGUCUUGGUGUCGGCCUAUGCCAAUGAUGGUGCUCCAGACCACGAAACUGCUAGCAAUCAUGCAGUUCUUCAGCUCUUCCAGGGAGACCAGAUAUGGUUACGUCUGCACAGGGGAGCAAUUUAUGGUAGCAGUUGGAAAUACUCUACAUUUUCAGGCUAUCUUCUUUAUCAAGAUUGAAAGUCAGUACGGAAUUGACAAUAAAAGGGACGUGUUCACAUUAAUGAAGAAGUAGCUCUUGACCUGCUGACUGAUGGCUUAGGAAAAAUGUUCAUUCUAGUGGAAUGAGGAGGUCCUCACUUUUUUGUUUUCCUGCCCAGGUGAAAAUUUUCAAGCUGAGUGACAGCACUAAUCUGGCACUUCAUAAAUUGUGAUGUAGCCUCACUAGUCAAGCUGUGAAUGUACAUUGUUUGCACUUAAUCCUUAACUGUAUUAAUGUUCAGCUUACUAAACUGACUGCCUCAAGUGCAGACAAGUUACAAUGCCUUGUUGUGCCUCAAUAAAAAAGUUAACCUGCAUCUUCAUGUGCUCCCAUU